CAAUGCCCACUAGAUCAAGGCCUGGGCGCCGCCUCUAGCGUCCGUCGAGAUCUUGCCUUGCCCGCGCACCUUUUUUUCCCCCACCGAUCGAAUAAAGCCAAUCGGUUUUGAGCGACACUAUAUUUCAGCGGCUCGCGCUAUCGCUUCGGUACGUUUGGUAGCUUACUCGGGUGCUCCCUGCCGUCGCCCAUCGUAAUGGAGGGACCGCAAAGGCCAUGGGUGGGCGGGCCGCCGCAGCGUCAAGGCCAACCACAGCCCAUCGUCGUGUCGUCGUCGCCGUACACCAACUACCCCGAAGUCGCGCCAAACAGCCCCGACAGCGCCGCGCCCCAGGUCGCAUACGACGCGUCGCCCGAGACCUACAAGUCCGACUUGUCCCCCACCUUCGCCGGGCCCGGCGCCUUCGAGGACAAGCACCUGGCGAACCCGGUCCUUAACUGCAGUUCCGACAAGUACCUGGCGGGCCCCGAGUACCGGCCUGCGGGUCUCGAGCCGGCGCCAGAGGAGGCCGACGAGAAGCCGGCGGCGACGAAGAAGAACAGGAAGUUGAUGUGGAUCAUCGUGGCGGUCGCGGUCCUGCUGGUGAUCGGCGCGGCUGUCGGCGGCGGCGUCGGCGGCACCAUGGCAGCGCGCAGCAAGGCGGCGGCGGAGGAGGCCUCGCAGCUGGGCGCAAACUCGCAAUCCAGCACAACGCAGCCGGCCACAAGCCCGACCCUACAGACCGCGACAAGUUCGACCGCGACAAGUUCGACCGCGACGAGCUCGGCCUCUCAGACAAGCACAGCCUCGAGCGCGCAGCCAAGUUCAAGCUCGACCUCGCAGCCGAGCCUGACUUCGUCUUCCAGCAGGCCUCCUCCCGUGGCGAGCGGAAAGCCCGGCGAGGUGUGCGUUGAGGGCACGGGCGAAGGGAACUUCAAGGGGCUGUGCACCUUUAGCUGCCAGUACGGCUACGUGCCCGCCCCUUGCACCUGCCUCAGGUUCGGGGCUCAGGUGUCGCCGCCGCCGGCGACGGGACAGAAGGGUUACCCCAGGCUCGAUGUCCCCGAGCGCUGCUCGUACCUGGGUCUCUGCUCGUUUGCGUGGGACCGCGGCUACACUGACAACCUGGGAGCGUGUAGUCCAGAUCCGGCCGGUGGGGAAGGCUGCACAUAAAGGGUACCGUGGAAGGAGGAGGCGAAAGCAAGCGAGUUAUCCCUUUCUGAACUUGUGCGAAGCCGUUAGGUUUCCUUCCUGUCACCAAAUAUCCCUUGCUCAAUUAUCCGUUAAUAAAUUCACACACUUUGAUAUUUUGUGGUGCUAGUCGGCGUAUG